AUGAGCUCAGCCUCAGCCUCCUCACAGGCUCCGCUGGAUGCCAACAAGCUCAUUCUCGAUCACGUAAUACACUACCGGAGCCGCCCUGGAAUCGAUCUACGGCCGGGCUGCACGAACUGCGACACCCUCGAUCGCCUUGUGCAGUUAAUACCAGCUGAAUGGACCUGGACCCGUGACAAGAACGACUGUCACAGGGAAGGACUUGAGCAGUUGAUAGCAUCCGAUGGACACAAGAUAUAUCUCCUUGAAGCAAAGAUAAAUCUUGAAGAUGUGUAUGGGUCUGAGGAUUUUAGGAUGAAGAUGGGCUUGGGUGAUCUGGACGUCAGUGGGAAAGGUGUAUGGGUAACUAAGGGUUUAUUAACUGCGUGGACAAAGCUCCUGAAGCGGUAUAUGGAGAAAGGAACGUGGAGCGAAAUCACCGAUAAGCCAAAGCUGGAGGUGUACAAGCCCAUAGACCGGCAAUUCAGGUCAGACAGCUUGGACAUCAUCGAGUUAGGAACGAGGAUAACAGGCCAAUAUAUUGUCAUGAAGUUCAAGAAACUUUUUAGCUACUCUUCCACAUGCUCAAAAGGCCCCGCGCCGAUCGAGCCAGAGCUCUACUUGAUAACUUAUCCUGAGAAGCUUGCCAAAGAAGGUAACGUGCCUGAUGAGAAGAAGAUCAAGGCCCUCACAAACCUACCAUUCCUCGAAGAAUGGGUCUUCAAACUUAUGAAGGACGUGGACUUCCAAGGAUGGGAGGUUAUAAAGAUCGGCGGCAUCACAUACGAAAAGGCCAAGGGAAACUACAAGAUCGAGGAUGGAGAUCCUGUGGAAAUUCCAGAGGGCGAAGAAUGGCACUCAGAUGGCAAAGGACGAUGGGCUACGUUUGGAGGUAUGUCGACACACUUUAUCGCCCGAAACGAGAGGGAUAUCAAAGAAGCUAAGGAAAAGGAUGGGGGAGCUGUGCCUAUCGACGAAGAUCUUGCGCACGGGAAUACUGGGGACAGUGGAUGGAUCACGAAAGGCUACGAUAUCGACAUCGGCUUCACUAAUUCUUCCGUCGUAGGGAAGGAACUCAUCAAGGCAUUGGCCAGACACCCCGACCUACCGAGAUGGGAAGUCGUGGACCUGAGUGCCCUGAGCAAGAUCGCGAAGGAGAGAAUUCUGAACCACUACAACAUCAAGAAAGAGGACCUCUAUGAGCCACACGGACUACACGGACUGACAUACUGCGUAGUACUUUCCAUGCUCGAACUUGCCAAGUUGCACAAGAUACAGUACGAAUGGAACUCCGGUGCGGAUUGUUUUGUGAAGAUCGGUUACACGAACAAGAAAGUCAUCGCCGACAACGUCAAAUCUAUCUGGGAAGGGAAAAUACAUGUGGAGCUCAUCCUGGUAAAGAACCAAGAAGAGCUCAAGAAGCUCCGGGAGGAGGACGGGGGACCUAAGUAUCCUUCUCAACCACUUACAUACGAGGGUGAGGCCGAGGGUUGGAUUACAGACGGCAGUAAGUUCUACCUGCAACGUUCAAAUGAGUAG